AUGACGGACCUGAGAGCAUCUGGGAAGCUUCUGUUAGGACUGUUACUGUUAGAGACAUGGAUUGGCUUUAUUCAUGCACUCAUUGACCGGGAGCCUGUUCUGCACGAGACAUCUCUACUCAAGCCCAAAGUAGUCAUUGCGGUUUUGGCCCGUAACAGUGAGCACAGUCUUCCUUAUUUUCUGGGAUGUAUUGAGAGACUGGAUUAUCCCAAGGACCGCAUCUCUAUCUGGGCCGCUACCGACCACAAUAUUGACAACACCACUGCAGUGCUGCAUGCAUGGCUGACUGGAGCGGAGCAUUUGUAUCAUUCAGUACAUCUGCAGACCGUGGAGGAGGAGGACAGUUAUGUGGAUGAACUGGGUCCCAAGCACUGGCCGGAGUCUCGGUUCACUCAUGUGAUGAAGCUGAGGCAGGCUGCACUGGCAGCGGCCAGGGCUCAGUGGGCAGACUACAUCCUGUUUGCAGACAGUGAUAACCUGCUGACAAACACACAAGUACUGAAUCAACUGAUUGCUGAGAACCGGACGCUGGUUGCGCCAAUGCUAGAGUCGAGAACACUCUAUUCAAACUUUUGGUGUGGAAUGACCUCACAGGGGUAUUAUAAGCGAACACCACAUUAUGUUCCCAUUCGUAACUGGAAGCGUACUGGUUGCCACCCGGUUCCCAUGAUUCACUCCACAAUGCUGAUAGACCUGCGGCGCAGUGCUAGCGCAGCCCUGGCCUUUUACCCUGUGCACCAUUACUAUCUUUGGGCCUUGGAUGAUAUCAUGGCUUUUGCAUUUUCUGCAAGACAAGCAGGUAACAAUUACAUUAUACUUAUUUCUUACAUUACAUUUUUACUCACGACAGUACAGUACAAAGAGGAACCUGAUGUGGCCGAUAAAAACCACGAUAGUGGACCAAAUAGCAAAUGGGAAGUUGUUGACUUCAAAUUGGAAACUUCAAGUUAUCUGCACAUUGCUUCCAAACCUAAAGACACCAUGGCAUUCAAUCAGGUCUAUUUGAUUAAUCUAAAGCGUCGGGAAGAUCGCAGAGAUCGUAUGCUGCGCUCGUUGGAGGUGCUGGGCAUAGACGUCACCCUCACCGACGCGGUGGAUGGCAAAGCCCUGAAUUCAACUCAGCUAAGAGCUUUAGGAAUUGAGAUGCUCCCUGGUUAUAAAGAUCCUUACGCUGAUCGUGUGCUAACUAAGGGUGAAAUUGGUUGCUUCCUUAGUCAUCACAACAUCUGGAAAAAGGUGGUGGAGCUCCAGCAACAGCAGGUGCUUGUACUGGAGGAUGAUGUCAGGUUUGAGCCCAGCUUCAAAAGCCGCCUCAACACCAUUUUGGAGGAUGUGAAACAAUCAGGCCUCCAGUGGGACUUAAUUUAUGUAGGGCGAAAACGAUUGCAAAUUAAGCACCCAGAGCACUGGGUGGAGGGAGUGAAGAACCUGGUGAUCCCAGAUUACUCUUAUUGGACACUUGGCUAUGCCCUUUCACUGCAGGGGGCAAAGACGCUUCUGGAGGCUCAGCCGCUCAGCAAGAUGCUGCCCGUGGACGAGUUUCUGCCAGCUAUGUUUAACAAGCACCCCAAGGAGGAAUACAUGUCUCAUUUUAAACAGAGAAACUUGAAGGCUUUCUCUGUACAACCCCUGCUGCUCUUUCCCUCACACUACACUGGGGAACCAGGGUACUUCAGCGACACCGAGACCUCCACCAUCUGGGACGAUGAGACUGUGGCCACUGACUGGGACCGCCAUCACAUCCGUGGAGACCGCAGUCGUGGUGAUAAGAGCCCAACGGCCAUCUCUGAGAGCAGCCCGAGAGAUGAACUCUGA